UGGGAUGGAGCUUGGAGAACCUGAGAUGGGAUGAGAAGUUCCUUCAACCCAAGAAUUUUGGGAUUUUUGGAAGUUCUGGAGAUGUUCCUGGUGGGAUGGAACUUGGAGAACAGGAGUUAUGGAGCCGGAAGGUCCAUCCCAAAAAUAUUGGGGUUUUUGGGACCUUUUCCAGCCGGAAUUUUGGGAUUUUUAGGGAUCCCCGGGGCUCUGCAGGGGCAGAGCGUGUCCUCGGGCAGCUCGGAGAUCAAAUCCGACGACGAGGCCGACGAGAACCUGCAGGAACCGAAGGCGGCCGAGGAGAAGAAGCUGGAAGAGGAGAAGAAGGAGAUCAAAUCCAUAACUAGGUCAAGAUCUAGCAAUAACGACGACGAGGACCUGACCCCGGAGCAGAAAGCCGAACGGGAGAAGGAACGAAGGAUGGCCAACAACGCCCGAGAACGUCUGCGCGUGAGGGACAUCAACGAGGCCUUCAAGGAGCUGGGCAGGAUGGUCCAGCUCCACCUCAAGAGUGACAAACCCCAGACCAAGCUGCUGAUCCUGCACCAGGCGGUGGCCGUCAUCCUCAGCCUGGAGCAGCAGGUCCGAGGUUGGUGAUGGUCGCGGCGUGGGGUGGGAUUUG